GAGGCUGCGCCGCAGCACCCGGUUGGUCAGGACCAAGUGGGCCCGAGGCGGACGUGAGAAGGGUCGGGCCAAGAUGGCGGUGCAGGUGGUGCAGGCGGUGCAGGCGGUUCAUCUCGAGUCUGACGCUUUCCUCGUUUGUCUCAACCACGCUCUGAGCACAGAGAAGGAGGAAGUGAUGGGGCUGUGCAUAGGGGAGUUGAACGAUGAUCCAAGUAGGAGUGACUCCAAAUUUGCAUAUACUGGAACUGAAAUGCGCACAGUUGCUGAAAAGGUUGAUGCCGUCAGAAUUGUUCACAUUCAUUCUGUCAUCAUCUUACGACGUUCUGAUAAGAGGAAGGACCGAGUAGAAAUUUCUCCAGAGCAGCUGUCUGCAGCUUCAACAGAGGCAGAGAGGUUGGCUGAACUGACAGGCCGCCCCAUGAGAGUUGUGGGCUGGUAUCAUUCCCAUCCUCAUAUAACUGUUUGGCCUUCACAUGUUGAUGUUCGCACACAAGCCAUGUACCAGAUGAUGGAUCAAGGCUUUGUAGGACUUAUUUUUUCCUGUUUCAUAGAAGAUAAGAACACGAAGACUGGCCGGGUACUCUACACUUGCUUCCAAUCCAUACAGGCCCAAAAGAGUUCAGAGUAUGAGAGAAUCGAAAUCCCAAUCCAUAUUGUACCUCAUGUCACUAUCGGGAAAGUGUGCCUUGAAUCAGCAGUAGAGCUGCCCAAGAUCCUGUGCCAGGAGGAGCAGGAUGCGUAUAGGAGGAUCCACAGCCUUACACAUCUGGACUCAGUAACCAAGAUCCAUAAUGGCUCGGUGUUUACCAAGAAUCUGUGCAGUCAGAUGUCAGCAGUCAGCGGGCCUCUCCUACAGUGGCUGGAGGACAGACUGGAGCAAAACCAACAGCAUUUGCAGGAAUUGCAACAAGAAAAGGAAGCGCUUAUGCAAGAACUUUCUUCUCUAGAAUAAAUCAGGAGACAAAAUGGGGAAAGAUGAAAAUAUCCAGUAUAAAGUUACUUAAGCUAAAUCAAUUUUGAAGAAGAAAAACUUGGAGGACUCACAUUACCUGACUUCAAGACUUACUAAAAAGCUAUAGUAAUCAAGAUAGAUGGUAUUGGCAGAGGAACAGACACAUAAAUCAAUGGAACAGAUGAGAGAACCCAGAAAUAAACCCAUAUAAAUAUGCUCAACUGAUUUUGAAAAAGUGCAAAAGCAAUUCAAUGGAGGAAGAAUAGCCUUUCUGACAAAUUAUGCUGGAGCAAUUAGACACCCAUAGCGAGGAGAAAAAAGAACCUCUACUUAAACCUCACAUCUUAUAUAAAAUUUAACUC